AUGAUUCAUUUUACCUUUGAUGGCUGGACUUCCCGACAAAACACAUCAUUCCUCGGUAUCAACGCCCACUUUAUCGACCAAGAUUGGAACCAAUGGGGAAUCCUCUUGGCUUUGCCGGCUCUCGCGAAACGCCAUACUGGAGCAGCGCUUGCAGAUGAAGUUGCAGAUACAAUAUGCGCGUUUGGUCUUGAAGACAGAAUCGGGUACUACACGCUUGACAACGCUACGAAUAAUGAUACGGCUGUGGAAGCGCUUGCCGCUGAGUUCGAUUUCGACAGGGAAGAGCGUCGCAUCCGCUGCGCCCCUCAUUUUCUGAACCUGGCCGACUUUGUGGCUGAAGAGGAAGAGCAGCGCCAGUUGUCCGACGCUAUCAAUGAGCUGGCGACCGACGACGACUUCUGUGUGCCGAGCAUGGAAGAAGGAUUCGAGGUUGAAACAGUCCCAGAAGGCAGUCAGGAUCAGGACGUACUGCCCGACAUCAUCAAUGGCGAAGAAGUGGACAAGUACCGCAAGUUUGGGCCAUUUGGCAAACUUCACAAUAUUGGCAUUGCUCUUCGAACGAGCAGUCAACUUCUCGAGGUCUUUUACGAAGCUCAACGGCAAACCGCUCCUACUGAACCUAUUCUUACGUGGGUUCAAAACGUCUGCACUCGCUGGAUGUUUUCCAUCAUCGAGGAACGAUGGCUUGGCAAAGGCGGCAAAGAACAGGACAAACCAGCGAUACUGAAAGAACAACUUUCCCUUGAAGAAUGGAAGGUCGUUGUUGCGGUUCAGAAGAUCCUUCAGCCAUUCAAGAUCGCCUCGAAGCAACUCCAGGGCGAGGGUAUUGCUGGUAAACGCUCCACGUCAGGAGGGUUCGAUGAGUACUUCCGGUGGUAG